AUGGACACCUUACGCAGGGUGCUGGAUUUCUGCAUCCGCCACCAGACCAUUCUGGGUUACAGCAUUGUGUCCCUGCUGACAGCUGCUAUUGAAUACAUCUUCUUGGCUGUGGUGUUCAAGUGCCCCUGCAAUUCUGGGAACAUGCUGUAUGGCUCUGUCUUCCUCAUAGUGCCUGCCUUCAUCCUCUUCCUGCUUGGCUACAUGAUGAACCCCAGGAUGUGGCACCUGCUGACUGGCAUCUGCACUCUGAAGAAGAGCUGCAGCUGCAGCCCCUGGGGAACCUGUGCUGGCUGCUUCUGCGUGCUGCUACAGGUGACAGCCAGAGCUGUGGUGGCCCCCCUCACCUGGCUCUCAGUGGCACUUCUCAGAGCCACCUUCUAUGAGUGCAUGGCCAGUGGGAGCAGCCUGAUAAAGAACCUCAUGUGUAAAGAUAAAGGAGCAGAGUGCCAUGAGAUGCUGGUCAAAAUACCCUGUGAUGAGAAGUUAUCGGAGAAGAUAUUGAGUGAAUACCUCAGCCUUCAGGCACAGUCCCAGCUGAUAGGAUGGUUCCUGAUUACCGCCAUCAUGACUGUGGCACUGAUUGCAAAGUGUAUCAGCCGCUGCUGCUCACCAUUUAGCUAUCUUCAGAUCAAGUUCUGGAAAACCUACUUGAAAAACAAAUGGGAGGUCUUUGAGGCCAAGGCUAAAGAGCAUGCAAGCAAGCUGUCAGAAAUAAAUGUGAAUUGCUUUUUUGAAGCCACUGACCCAGCUCCCUUUCAGACCCCCAGCAAUGAAGACUGGCGGAAGAUUUCAUUUUUGUAUGCUUUUAAUUCGCAAGAGCAGCAUUACAGUAUGCUACACAAGUAUAUUAACACAAACAGAGGCAGCAACAAUAGACUUGGGAAAGGAGAUUAGAAUCCCACUGUUUUAGGAUUUGUGAAUGAAACAAUUGCAAGUCAAUCAGGGUUUUAAUGAAACAAAUCCUUUGCAAUACUGGCAAUCUUUCAACCCUAUUGAUACGAGUCUUAUUCUGUGCUCUCAUUGAAAUCUACAUGAAUUGUACUUAAAAGCUAGCAGUUGUAACCCUCAGCAGAUUUGUUU